AGAGAGAGAGAGAGAGAGAGAGAGAGAUUUGGGGUUUCGGAAAUGACUGCUCUUGUGGUAUAUACCGUGCGUUGAUUCGCUUCUUGAUAGUAAAAGUUUAUUAUAGAGGGGAAGAGGGGGAGGAAAAGAGGAUGAAUUACUUGUUUUUCUCUAGGGAUUUGAGGAGUCAUUUGCAAAGAGGGUUCCUUUAGAUUGCAACAUCCUUCUUGCAUCGGAUUCUCACUCUGAUAUAAGAUUUUUAAUAUACUCACCAUUCAUUAGUUGGUAGAUUUCAACAUGCUGUUUAGCGGGUGAUGGUUUGAGAAAUAAAUGGAGAUGGUUAAGUGUUGUUGUAGCCAUUUUGUUUAUUAGUUGUCUUAUAAUUUCAUAAGGAGUGAGGGCUGCAGAACUCAGUAGAGUUUCUGUUUCGGCCUAUUCACUAAUUAUAGGCUGUUUGUUACUAGAAAUGGUUGCGUGAGCUAGGGCUUGAGCCUGCUACAACAGCUGGGGUACAUCUAUCUGAUACUCUGGUCUAGAAUAUCUAUAGUUAAUAAAAUUUCACAAUUAAGGUGGCUUAAACCCCAUGGAGAGUUUGACAUCACCAUCAGUCUCUGUUAAGCAGACUCGCCGGUUUUCUUCUAGCAAUUCUCAAAAAGAUUUAUGGUUUAUUGCCCGGGAAGGGUCCAUAGCCGAACUAGAUUCUGCGUUGUUAUUACUAAAGAAGAAUGGUGGAAAUAUCGAUAUGCGAAAUGCUUUCGGUCUUUCACCGCUUCACAUAGCAACAUGGAGAAAUCAUGUGCCCAUGGUGAAGAGGCUACUUGCUGCAGGUGCAGAUCCUAAUGUGAGGGAUGGGGAAUCAGGUUGGAGCAGCCUUCACAGAGCUCUCCAUUUUGGUCAUCUAGCUGUAGCAAGUGUUCUUCUACAGCAUGGAGCUUCUCUUUUAUUGGAGGACUCCAAAUAUCGAACUCCUGUUGAUCUUCUCUCUGGGCCUAUUUCACAGAUUAUUGGAAGUGGACUUGAUUCAGUUGCAACUGAAGUCUAUAGCUGGGGAAGUGGUACAAAUUACCAAUUAGGAACUGGAAAUGCACAUGUGCAGAAAUUGCCAGGCAAAGUUGAUGCUCUUCAUAGCUCCUAUGUAAAAAUAAUUGUGGCCUCGAAGUUUCAUAGCGUAGCAGUCACUGCUAGUGGAGAACUUUAUACUUGGGGAUUUGGGAGGGGUGGCCGCCUUGGACACCCAGAAUUUGACAUACACAGUGGCCAAGCUGCAGCUAUUACUCCUCGGAAAGUAACUUUUGGUUUGGGAUCCCGCCGUGUGAGAGCUGUUGCAGCUGCUAAGCAUCAUACAGUUAUUGCGAUCGAGAAUGGGGAUGUUUUUACUUGGGGAUCAAACAGAGAGGGCCAGCUAGGUUAUACAUCUGUUGAUACGCAACCCACGCCCCGACGUGUGACUUCACUCAGAGAAAAAAUUGUUGCUGUUGCUGCUGCUAAUAAACACACUGCCGCAGUUGCUGAGUCCGGUGAAGUUUUCACUUGGGGCUGCAACAAGGAAGGCCAGCUUGGCUAUGGCACCUCCAACUCAGCUUCAAAUUCCACACCUCGGUUGGUUGAAUACUUAAAAGGAAAAGUCCUCAAAGGAGUUUCUGCUGCAAAGAACCAUACAAUUGUUCUGGGAUCUGAUGGAGAGGUAUUUACCUGGGGUCAUCGGCUUGUGACCCCAAGGCGUGUCAUCAUUGCUAGAAGUCUUAAAAAAUGUGGAAAUGCACCACUUAAAUUUCAUCGAGCGGAACGGCUUCAUGUUGUUUCGGUUGCUGCUGGCUCAGUUCAUAGUACAGUGCUAACCGAUGAUGGUGCUCUGUUCUAUUGGGUUUCUGCGGAUCCUGAUCUAAGAUGUCAACAGCUUUACUCAAUGUGUGGAAGGAAUGUUGUGAGCCUUUCAGCAGGUAAAUACUGGACUGCUGCUGUUACCACAACAGGAGAUGUCUAUAUGUGGGAUGGGAAGAAAUAUAGGGCUGAUGUUCCUGUUGCAACUCGUUUACAUGGUGUCAAGCAUGCUACAUCUGUUUGUGUAGGGGAAACACAUUUGCUAGUUGCUUCAUCUCUUUAUCAUCCCAGCUACCCUCCUAAAGUGACAGAGAAUCAUCAGAAAUCUAGAGCGGUAAAUGAUAUGUUGGAAGAGGUUAAUGAAGAUUUGAUGUUUGAUGGUUUACAAGUUGAAGUAAGCCUGCAAGCCUCAAAAGUUAGUGGCUCUAGUGGUACAGUUGCACCGAGUUUGAAAAACCUGUGUGAAAAAGCUGCUAUAGAUUUUCUGGUGGAACCGCGGAACGCUAUACAUCUAUUGGAUAUUGCUGAUACUUUGGAAGCUCAUGAACUAAGAAAGCAUUGUGAGGAAAUAGCUAUACGCAACCUUGAUUACAUCUUCACAGUGUCGGCAUCAGCUAUCAUGAAUGCUCCACUUGAACUUUUGGUGAAGCUUGAGAAAUCUUUGGAUGACAAGUCUUCUGAGCCUUGGUGUCACCGUCGCCUACCCACACCAACAGCUACAUUUCCUGCUGUCAUUGAUAGUGAAGAGGAGAAUAGUGAUUUUUGUUACACCAGACCUCGUGUUAAUCGCAAGAAGCUAACACUGAAGAAUUAUGAAGGCUUGGGAACAGAUUGUUUUCUGCAAAAAGAUCACAAAGCUGAUCAGGUUGUCUCCAAGGAAGUUCGAGCCCUUCGGAAGAAACUACAGCAAAUAGAUAUGCUUGAAGCAAAGCAGUUAAACGGUCAUCAUCUUGAUGACCAACAAGUUGCAAAGCUUGAAACAAGAUCUGCUGUGGAGAAUACGCUUGCUGAACUUGGCAUCCCUCUUGAGUCUGAAUCAAAAGCAUCCUUGCCUUCCUUGAUAGACGGGAAACGAAAUAAGAAGUCUGAGCUGUCCAGGAAACAGAGAAGGAAGAACAAGCUGAUGACUUCCCUAACUGAAGUUGACUCAGUAGAGGUCAGUGUAGAACAGAACUCAACUGUAAAUCUUCCAGAUGUCAAAAGCCUCGAAAUUCCAAAAGAAACGAAGGAGGUGGGUAUUGACAUAAACAGUGAGAGCAGGAUCAUGGAAGGCUGCUCUUUGCUCGGCACGAAAAGUGUCUCUAGGCCGCAUAACGCCAACAAUAAUAGUAAGGCUCCUCAAUCAACGUCCUCAAAGAAAAAGAACAAGAAGGGUGGGCUGUCAAUGUUUCUCAGUGGCGCUCUUGAUGAGCCGAGGCAGGCCCCUCCACCACCGCCCACGCCCAAAAGCGAUGGACCAGCGUGGGGUGGGGCCAAAAUUACAAAAAGCCUUUCGUCGCUUCGUGAUAUUCAAAAUGAGCAGAGUAAAACAACAGAAGUUACAAAUAACAGGUUGAAGGAUCGGUGUGAAGAUUUUACCUGUGCAGUAAGUCCUGGACAGAUUCGGUUGAGUUCCUUCUUACCAAAGACAAUAUCUACACCUAUACCGGUAACACCUGCACGUGCUGUGCCAACAACUGAAGGAGAGAAGAACACUCCUCCUUGGUCUUCAGCUGGUUCUUCACCUGUUAUGGGCCGACCAUCAUUGAGGAACAUUCAAAUGCAGCAGGAAAAGAAACAACUGAGCAUAUCUAACAGUCCAAAGACAAGGACAUCAGGUUUCUCUAUCUCUUCACAAGGCUCACCAUCAGAUUCCGGUGGCGCAAAGGACACUGUUCCAAACCGUUGGUUCAAGCCUGAAACUGAUGCCCCUUCCUCCAUCCGAUCAAUUCAGAUAGAAGAGAAGGCAAUGAAGGACCUCAAGCGUUUCUACAGCUCUGUCAAACUGGUGAAGGCUGAGCCCAAGUUCUAAUCGCUAUCGUCUCACUGACAAAUAAACAAAUGUGAAGUCACCUUCACCUCUUCCCACCUUACUUGUGUAAAUCAAACUGUACAGAACUCUCUUCAGCUUUAGUUCCAUUAAUUGACUCAUCUUACCUGAUAAAUUUUCAUUACAUUCCAAAAUCUCCAUGCUUUACAAUAACACUAUACAGAUGAGUAUCAUACCAUACAGAAAUUGCAUUAUAUAUUCUUGGACACUCUUGAAUUUCAAUUUUA